AUGGAGAUGGAGAGGAAACACACGACUGAGAGGAUAUUAAACCUCACCCUGGAGAUCAUCUACCUGCUGACCGGAGAGAAUUAUAUAGCUUUCAAGUUAUCUGAAGGCUUGGUUGCUUCCAAUAUGAUGAAGAUUCGAAGCCCCAUUAUAGAGCCUCCGUCUCAGUUAUUGAGAAAGAACAAAAAGGUCCAGGAAGUCACCAGCGAGAUCAUUGAGCUGCUGACAGGAGAGGUUCCUAUAAGGAGUCAGAAUGCAGCUGGUGUUUUCUCCAUGGAGGGGUGGGAUUAUUUAGGAGGACACAAUGAUCUCUUCAAGGACGUCAUGAUGGCAAACCGGCCGCCCCUCACAUCACCAGGAGAAAACCAGACUUCCUGGAGGAAACGUGCACCAAGAUGGGAAGAACAUACAAACUUUAUGCAAGAAGUGCCCAUGGUGGGACUUCGGACCUCAACAUUUCAAGAUGGAUCCAGUAACAGAAAUACAGCAGGGAGAUGUCCCCGUCCUCUGUAUUCUUGGGAUUCCCUUCAGGAACAACACAAGAUCCCUCAUUGUUAUCAGGUUUCGCUGGAUGCACUCCAGAUUGAUGGUAGAACAAAAGCUAGAAAGGAAGCAGAAGAGAUGUAUGUGAGGGAUCAUGAGCCAUGUGAGGAGGAGAUCCCUCCAGAGAUCAGCACAGACCAUGGUGACACCGGACCAAUUAAUUUAGAUGUCAGUGCGGAGGAGGAUGACGUAAUAUGUGUGAAGAUAGAAGAGGAUGAAGUACCUAUAAAUAUUAGCACAGAUGUUCAAGGUACUGGUUAUAACUCAAAGAAACGUCAUAUCGUCUUUCCAGGAAAUGAAUUAGAUGUCAUCACAACAGAGGCUCUGGAGAAAAACCCUGUUACCCCAAAUCAUCAUCCAGCUCUUCUUAGUGCACAUCUAUUAUCUCAUCCCUCUACGCACGGGAGGAGUUUACCCAAUCACCCAACUCCUAUAACCCAUCGCCCAGAUCACCGAGCGGGUCCAGUGUUCCCGUGUUCUAUUUGCGGCAAAUGCUUUAGCUGGAAAGGCAGCCUCGUCGAACAUCUGCGAAUUCAUACUGGAGAGAAGCCAUACUCCUGCUCAGAAUGUGGGAAAUGUUUUGCCAAAAAAACCAAACUUACAUUACAUCAGAGGACCCACACAGGGGAGAGGCCGUACGGCUGCACAGAAUGUGGGAAACGGUUUACCAGGAGGGACCAUCUCAGCAUACAUCAGAGGACCCACACAGGGGUGAAGCCGUAUUCAUGUACGGACUGUGGGAAGAGUUUCAGCCAGAGAGCCUUUCUCAUCGUACACCAGAGGGCACACACGGGGGUGAAGCCGUACUCGUGUACGGAAUGCGGGAAGGGUUUUACCGGAAAAGCCCACCUUAUUGUACACCAGAGGACUCAUACCGGGGAAAAGCCGCAUUCGUGCCCAGAAUGUGGGAAAUGUUUCACUGAAAGAUCUCAACUUCUCAGACAUCGAAUGAGUCACUCUGGUGCCCGUCCGUAUUCGUGUCCUGUGUGUGGGAGAGGUUUUAGCAGCAAAGCCAGUCUGGAUAGACAUCAACCCCUUCAUGCAAGCGGUAAUCUGCAUGAGUGUCCCGAAUGA